AUUGACUUUGGUUACAUAAAUAAACUUUACUUAGAGAUAAAAUGUUUCCUGUGACACGAAGUGCUGCUGUGAGAAACGUAUGCAAUGUACAAAAGUUUCUGAAUAUACCAUCGUUACUGAGACAUCAGACUUUUCUACACAACAAAGCAUUUAGAUCUGAAUUACAAUCGCAAAAGAGGCUCAUUCAUAAUUUUUUGAAUGAGCAGAGGCGGUUUCAGUCAUCAAAGCAAGGAAACCAAGACAAAAGUGAGAAGACGCCAAUAUCAUGGAGGAUUUCUGUUAUCUUUGCUAUUGUUGGAGGUCUCUAUGCCAUACAUUUGUAUAACACAAUGAAAAAUCAAGAACUAAGGGAAGCAAAGAGGAAGAGGAAGAAGCUAGGUACAGCAGCUAUAGGAGGCACAUAUGAGUUGAUAGACUUCGAUGGAAAAACAAGGACAGACAAGGACUUCUUAGGAAAGUGGGUACUGAUGUAUUUUGGAUUUACUCACUGCCCAGAUAUCUGUCCAGAUGAGAUAGAGAAACUCGUUAAAGUUGUGGAUACAAUAGAUGCAGAUAAAGAGUUGCCUAACAUACAACCGGUGUUUAUAACUGUUGAUCCAGAUCGUGAUACUCCCAAAGCCAUGAAACAGUACUGUGAAGAAUUUUCACCUAAGAUAAUUGGAUUGACGGGAUCUAAAGAGAAGAUUGAUGAGGCUUGUAAGAAUUUCCGUGUGUACUACAGUAAAGGUCCCGAGGAUGAGGACGGAGAUUAUAUAGUUGAUCACACAAUUAUUGCAUACCUCCUCAAUCCCAAAGGAGAAUUUGUGGAGUAUUUUGGAAAAAACAAAACUUAUCAAAUGUUAGUGGAUGAAAUCAAAGAGUACAUGGAAAAAUAUGCAUUAUUUGAGGAUUGAUGUGUGUAAGAAAUUAUGUGCAUGUGUUAUUUUCAUAAAUAAAUUUGAACAUCCCAGUUA